AUGGCUUUCAAGGAAACGAAGCCAGCCGGUUUAAUAGCCGUCAUGGGAGGAACGGGGACCGGCAAAUCAUCGUUCAUCAACGCCAUACUCGGAAAGGACGCCACGGACGUUGGACAUGGCUUGGAGUCACAAACCAGCGACAUCAAGGAGUAUGACUUCUUGAUGAAGAAUGGCCUUCAUGUGACACUUGUCGACACGCCGGGUUUCAACGACUACACCGCUGACGCUGGUGGUAAAUCCGACCUCGUCAUUCUGAAAGAAAUCGGUGCAUUUCUCAAAGCAAAGUACGACGAGGACCGCAAGUUCUCUGGCAUCUUAUACCUGCACAACAUCUGUGAUCCCAGAGUUGGCGGCUCUUUGCAACGCAACAUGACCAUGUUCAAGAAAUUAUGCGGACCUGACCCUCUGAAGAAUGUCGUCGUCGUCACAACCUUUUGGGAUGAGAUUGAACUGGACCAUGGUAUUGAACUCGAAACAGAAUUGAAGACCAAGGAUAGAUUUUUCAAAGGGCUCGUUGAAGGGGAAUCUAAAUUUGUCCGAUCUGGCAAAUUCCCUCUGGGCGAGAUUCCGAAGGGCCCAGAGUUCUUGCCGCCGGUCUCUAUCGUCGGCGAGCUUGUUGCGCUUGACCCCGUAUUUGUCGAGAUGCAGAAGGAGCUUGCUGAGGGAAAGACUGUCGAGGAGACGUCUGCUGGUGCGGAGCUGUACAAGGAGUUGCAACAGCUCAAGCUUCAGCAAAAGAGGGAUGUCAUCGAUCUGAAUCAGAAGAUCGCAGGGAUAAAAGCCGAAAACAUCGAUGACAGAUUAGCAAGGAAGGCAUUGGAGGACGAAUGUAAGGCCCUGAAAGGCCAAAUGAAGGAAUGGGAGACUAGACAGCUUGAACUACGGUCAGAGUGGGUCAUCGCUAUCGCUCAAUUGAAACGGGAGAGGGAAACUUCAGCAAAGCAAAGGGAUCUUGAGUUGGAGAACAACCGUCGAACUAAGCUGAGAAGCGAAAUCGAACUCCUUAAGACUCUACAUGCAGCGGAAAUCUUAGAAUGCCGCUCUCAGAUCCAAUCUUUGCUCGACGGCAACUCUACUGAUGCCUUCAGAAACACGCAGCUCGAAAAAACCUGCGAGGAUCUUAAAGCCACCGUGGCUGAUUUAUCUCUGUCCUUGACCAAGCUACGGGAUACGAAUGAGAGGGAGGCGGCGGAACGUAGUAAACAACUCCGGGCGAACGCGGCGACACAUAAGAAGACGUUGGACGACCUUGCAGAAGCUAGAUCGAAGAUAGCCCAGUUGAACUCACAGUUGCAGGCAUCCCAGGCAGCACAAGAAAGGACUGCCACUGAGCUCGGCAAAGUCAGGUCGACUUUGGCGAGUGUCAAAAAUGGGGCGGAAAUAGAGCUCAACACGGUUCGUGCCGCCCUUGCCGACGCGGAGAUAAACCCCAUCGCGUCCCAAAACACACAAGACAAUACGGCUUCAGAACUCAGAGAGCGUGUGUUUUUGGAGAAAGUGAUAUCAGAGUUAAGUGCGGCUCAUACGAGGUGUGAGGAGACAGAGUCACAGCUGCGGGAAUCCCGCAAUGCUCUAGAAUGCAAGAAGCUAGAGUUGGUCAGAUCGCCGUCCCCCUUGCCCAAGGAAUCUCCUCGUUCCAUUGCGACACCGAAACUUCCCGCAAUAAACGUUAUUCCGGAAGAUGACGAAGGCGGGGAACAGUCUGCCCAGUCUCCUCCGUCAUUAACGGAUGUGACCGCAAAACGUCCACCACGGCCCAGGAAAACAACUUUCCUUACUGAUCUCGUAGAACCAUCCCGCCAACCCGCCACGCCUCCUGUCCAUCUGGACUCUCGUGCCCAAAGGCUUAGGUCGACUGCUCCGGUCCUACUCUUCCUUGCCAACAAGACCAAUAAACAGGCGGAUAUGCGCGCCAACAAUCGCCCUCUUUCCCAAUGCCGGAUUUCCAUUCGGGACACCUGUUCAACUUGA